CCCAAACCCACACUACUCUUCUUACCCUCUUCUGUCUUUUGAGUAUUAUCCCGUCUUUCAGAUGACCUUGUUCCGUGAGCGUCUCGCGCAAUCACUCGUCCUAGCGGGCGGCGCUGCAUUCUCCGGAUGGACUCUCAUGAAGCUGAUUCCUCAUAGCAUGCUUUCCUUCACCCUCACGCAAACCUCCGUGGCCUUCCUGGCCAUCGCCUCCCUGAUGGUCUUUAUCAUAGCACAUCAUCGGAGGAGCGGGGACUUGCUCGACCAGCGGCAGGAAGAGUUGACGCUCAUCGCCGCGUUUGGGUUUUUGUUUUUCGCGAUGUUGAUGGCGUGGCGAGCGUUGGGGAAGAAUGACUAUGCGGGCGGGGACAUGGCUGCUGCCAACCCGCCGCGUCAGGAUGGGUAUAGUAAUAGUCGGGGAAGGUCGUGGCCUUGUUCUCCGAAUGAUGCGUACUGUGUCGUGGAGGAGUGGUCGUAUUAUUAAGGACCUAGUAUCGUCGUUGAGAGGCAUCGAAGCCGGAAUGGCGACAGGUUCGUCAAUAAAGCGAUGGCUGGACCUGAACGGGUGGAUGUCAGGUAUCGAAACUAAUGUAUACGUAGGCACACGUUAAAAUGCACUGGUUGUUGUUUUAUGGUCGACGGGUCUUGUGUUAUGUAUUCUGGC